AUGGUGAAAAAUCAAGAACUCUACGAGCUGGUGGUGAACUACUUAAACUUCCUUGUUUUUCUGGAGGAAGACCAAAGGAAACCCCAAGAAAUCCAAUUGAUCAUUAGCACUGCACAUGGACAUUCAGAAGAGGAAGAAAGCACAGACAAUGAGAAUGUCCUAACCCAUUUGAAUUUGAUUACCCUGAAGGAGAUGUCAAAUAAGCUGCAGGCUAUAAACAAUAAACUUCAUAAGAAACUGAAAUCUACAAAGAGGUGGAGAAAAGCUUCAAGAAUGGCUUUCUGUAUAGCUUCUGCUGUAGUUCCUAUCACUUCCAUGAUAGCACCUCCUUUUGUUGCAGCCACAUUACAGUCAAUUUUAGCAUCUAUUGGCAAAUGGGUUGACUCAUUUUGGAAGAGAAAAGAGAACACAUUGAAAGAGCAGAAGAAGCUAAUUAGAUUAAUGGAUCUAAACAACCAUGUUGUCAUGCAGGACUUGGGUUAUGCCAACCAUUUGGUGGAUGAAAAGCAUGAGUGUCUACUUAAAAUGGCUGAUUUGGCUGUCAUUGAAGAGGAGACAGUGGAGAAAUUGGUAGGAUUUCAAAAUGCAAUUGGGGAAUUAUGCAAACAAGUUCAGAAGUGCUGCUCCAACAUAGGGAAUGCAAGGAAAGAAUUUCUGAGAAGCAUUAUUAAGGAUCAAUACAAGUGA